AUGAGGGAAAGGAUAGCCAAAUACAGCCCAGAACUCACACAGCGACUUGGUGUAUUAACAAAAAAGCUAAAGAAGAAUCAUUGGUCUAGAUCUAGAUGGGGAAGAGCAUAUGAUAAGGAACUGGUUCCCCAAUUUAUGCUUCAGUCUCCUGCCAAAGACUAG